AUGGUUAAAGGAACUUCCACACCUCAUCAAACACGUAAUGAUUUGAACAUUACUGGGCUUAGCCCAUACGCUGUUGAAUCAAUCGAACAACAGAAGAAGCGUGCAUUGAUUCAAUUACGGUCUAAGCCAACCGAUUUGGAUAAAUACAUGUUCCUUGCUUGGUUAAGAAAUACUAAUGUUAGAUUGUUUUACCGUAUCGUGAUGGAUGAAUUAGAGGAAAUCACACCAUUAAUAUAUACACCAACCGUCGGAACAGCAUGUUUAGAAUACUCAAAUAUCUACCCAUUCCUUGCGCCAUCUGGUGUACCAGAUGGCCUCUUCCUUUCACUUAAAGACAAAUCCAAUUUGACAAAAAUCAUAGAAAAUUAUCAACCAUAUCAAUUUGACAAAUCAUUAACUCCACAAAUUGCUGUUAUCACUGAUGGUUCCAGAAUUUUGGGUUUGGGUGAUUUGGGUGUAAAUGGUAUGGGUAUUCCAGUUGGAAAGUUACAAUUAUAUGUUGCUGCUGCUGGAAUAGAUCCUCGUCGUACUUUACCUAUCACUGUUGAUCUUGGUACCAACAAUGAAAAAUUUUUAAAUGAUGAAUUUUAUCUUGGACUUAAACAAAAAAGAGCAUCAGAUGCCGAGUUUUAUUCUUUUAUGGAUGUUGUUGUCAAAUCUUUGAUUGAAGUAUAUCCAAAACUUUUAAUUCAAUUCGAAGACUUUUCUUCGGAACAUGCAUUUGGAUUAUUAGAAAAAUAUCGUGAAAAUAUAUUUUGUUUUAACGAUGAUAUUCAAGGAACCGGUGGUGUAAUUUUAUCAGGUUUUAUGAAUGCUGUUAAAUUAACAAAAGAUAUUGAUCCAAAGGAACAUCGUUUGGUAUUUUUCGGUGCUGGAUCUGCGGGUGUUGGUGUUGCAAAACAAUUACUUGAAUUUUUCAUGACUGAACACAAGAUGAGUGAAGAAGAUGCUAAAAACUUGGUUUGGUUGGUUGACACUAAGGGUCUCGUAACAUCAGAUCGUGGUGACAAAUUGGCACAACAUAAAAUUUAUUUCGCAAGAUCAGAUAAUGGCGGUAAUCAAUAUAAAACACUCGAGGAAGUAAUUGAAUAUGUUAAACCAACUUGUUUGAUAGGUUUAUCAUCUACACAUGGCGUAUUUAACGAGAAAAUAUUAAAAAGAAUGGCUGAACUUAACAAACAACCAAUCAUAUUUCCAUUAUCUAAUCCUUCAAAUAAUGCUGAAUGUACUUUUGAACAAGCUAUGAAACAUACGAACAAUAGUGUAAUAUUUGCCUCAGGUACAGCUUUUCCACAAUAUGUUGAACCUGAAACUCAUAAAGUACAUUAUCCAGGCCAAGGGAAUAAUAUGUACAUAUUUCCCGGAUUAGGAUUAGGUGCUAUUCUUGCACAAGCAACAAAAAUUACCGAUAAACAGUUAUACGCUGCAGCAUCAGCAUUAGCAAACUCAGUAUUACCUGAGGAGAAAGCACAAGGGCGACUACUUUAUCCCGAUUUAAAACGUAUUAGACGUGUAUCGGCUGAGGUCGCUGCAGCUGUAAUUGUGGAGAUAGUAGAGGAAGGAUUAGCAUCAAACAAAGAAAUGUUAUCGCCUGAUUUUAAACAAUUAUUAAAUAAUUCUAAUGAGUCAAGAGAAAAAUUGAUAAGCUUUGUUGAAAGUAAUAUGUGGAAUACUACCGAUAAUAAAUUUUUCGAUUCUGAUAAUUUUGCAAAAUCUCACGAAAUGGAUUUUUAUCUAAAGAGCUUUUUGGAAUCAUUGAGAAAUUUGAACAUAAAAGCUGGUGAUGAGAUUUUGAAAAAUCCAUUGUAUUCCAUGGAAUUUUUAGAAAUAUUUUCAAAUAAAGUCUCUAUCUAUGUCCCAAUGUCUCAAGCUUUAGAAAUCAUCACAAUAUUUUCAUCUGAAUUAAGCAAUUAUUUAUCAUCAAAUCUUUAUUUUGCUAAAGAUGCUCAAACAAAGAAAAGAAAAAUUUUAGUAGACACCUUCAAAACAUCAACUAAUGCACUUUACAAAGAAAGUUUUCAAAAAGCAUGCGAAGCUUUUUUUACAGAUUACAUCAAUCCAAUAAUACUAUCGACAACAACAGAUCUCCUCACCAAUAAUAAUGACAAUAAUAGUAAAGUUGACAAGUCAACUUAUUCAAAAUUGGUUUGGACUGCUCUUAAUUUACAUCAUACUUUUGUGGACAUUUCAGAUUUAUAUUGGAAAAAUACAUCAUCCAACAAUAAACAUCAAUUUAUUACAAAUUUACAAAAGCUUACAAUGCUUGAGGAUCCAAAACUUAUAUUAUUUAUGAAUAAAGUUUGUCUUCAACAUGUUCAUCAAACAUUAUUAUCAUCGUUAACAGAAAACAAUGAUGAAGAUGAAGAAGAUAAAUCAACAAAUAUUAAUUCAUCAAUACAAGAUAUUUUGAAAUCUGUUGUUUCUACUCUAUCUCUCCCAACAAUAACAUCGUCACCAUUAUCAUGGAAUGGUAGCUUGGUUGAUUUGACAGUAGAAACUUUUCCAAUUGCAAAUUUCAUGAUAAUUAUUAGAGAUUGGUUAGAUGUUGUGAUUAAUAAUUGUCAGUAUGAAUCUGUUGAACUUCUAAGAUCUGCUGAAUUUUAUGAAUUAGUUCCAUUGCGAGAAAUUUCUAGUAGUAAUCUUGUAGAAAAAAAUGAAAUAUUUUAUGAAAAAUUAGUAGAAACUACAAGUCAAAUUUUAUCAAUUACAGUGAAGUAUCUUAUUCUUAAAAGUAAUCAGGAAUCAAGUUUAAAACAUAUAAAAAAACUUGUAGAAUUCUUGAAAAGUUGGUCAUCUAAUGUAAUAAUAAUGGGCGAUAAUACAAUGAAAAAUAAUAGUAGUGGUACUACAAUUUGGAAAAUCAUUACUGGGAUUUUAAAAAUUCAACUAGAAAACAUUGAAAUAUUCAAUGAAGUUGAAACAUUGAAUUGUUUUUAUUCGUUGGCUAAUCAUGUGUCUAGUAAAUUGGCACAAAUAAUUACGCACUAUUUAAAAAAUAUUUUUGAUGGUAAACUUGAUGACAACACAAAAAAAGAUUUAAAAAGUCAAGAAAAACUCAUAAUAAAAAACUUUACAAGUUUAGAUUACGAGUUCAAGGCAUAUUCAAUAGCCUUGCAAACUUUAAACAUGUCUAAAAAUCAUGGAUUUAGAAUAGAAGACCAAGUUAUUUCAUUAGUUAGGCUGUCAAAAGAAUUGUUUGUUGUUACUAAACAAUUAAUACAAUUCUCAACUUCUAUUAAUAAUAAUCAUAGCAUUAUUAUAAAUUAUGAAAUCUUAAAUAAUUGUGUAUUAAUGACAUCAAUUCUAAUGGAAUUUAUCUCGAAUUUUGAAAUGCUUCAAAAUAAUUUAAUAAUUGAUUUUUGGAUUUGGGAUUUAAUGAGUAUUUUAUACAAUGAAGAUUCCCAAAGUGAUAUUUUAAAUGAGAUGAAUAUAAUGUAUGGAAAAUAUAUUUCAAAAUUAUCAGAAGUACAAUACGGAAAACUUGUGAAUGCAAUUAUGAUAAAAGUUGAAGACCUACCACCAACACAUUCCUCAUCUUCGUCUCUUUCUUUCCAAGAAUAUAACAAUAAUAGAAAGUUAAAAUUCUUUUUACACUUGAUUGACCUACUGUUAAAAAAUUCGAAGCAUGCUCAACUUCGUCAAUUAGAAAGAAAACUUCCAAAUUUAUUAUUCACGGUUUAUUAUUUAGAAGAGUCUUGUGAAAAUUUAAAAGCUAGAAUACUUAUUUUGAAAAUUUAUAGUUUCAUUGUUUCACAUAAGGCAUUCACAUUCCAAUCAAAUGAUAUUGGAAUUAUUUUAUCAUCAAUUAUAUCAAUAACUUCACCUAAACCUAUCGUCACCACCCAUGCUACUGAUGAACAACAACAAGAAGAUUAUGAAAAUCUUUUUAAAUCAAUUUGUUAUCUUCUUCAUAAUAUACUAGCAUAUAGACGAGAAAUAUUAAUAUGUGCAUUACCAUCAUUUAUUCAAAUACUACAAGAUAUGUUUCAUGGUUUUAAAUCAAAAGGAAAAAAUAUUAAUAGUCAUUCAUUUUCUUAUAACAAAAAAUUACAACAACAAACUAAUUUGAAGAAUUUUUGGGAUAUUAAUCUUUCAACAUCAUUAUCAAUAGAAUGUGGAAAUUCAUUUGCAAGAUUAUUAGAAAUGGUUAAGCAUAAAAAUUUUUUUAAUAAAUAUCGCAAUAACAAUAAUAAAAACAACAAAGAGUCAGCAUCAAAAUUUUCACAGGCUUUUGGUAAAUAUGUGCCAACGUUAAUUAGUAAAUAUAUAAAAAUACAAAUUGAAGAAGGUUAUUUGGAUCAAUCGACCAGAGAAGCAUUAAAAGCAGGAAUCUAUUCAUUGUUAGAUUUGUUUGGUGAUUAUGAAAGAAACAUGUUAAUGGCAAAUUUAGAUAAAAUUGGAAAAAUUUUAUUUAAAAAUCUUUGGACUGAUUAUAUUAAAAAUUGGAAAUAUGUUGGCAGAGGAUAG